UUUUGGCUGCAUGUGCAUGCAACAGUCUGUCUGCUAUAUUGAUUUUAUGAUUGUAUAGGAAAAUGAUAUUCUUCGUUGCCACAAUGCUCAUAAUAGUUAUGUUAUUCAUUUAUCUGGUACAAACACAAUAUCUUCUGAAGUGCAUUACAAUUCUCUUCCAGGCUGGUUGGCGGAUUUGUCUGAUGUCAGACGUGCCCUGGGACGUGAAAUGCAUAUUAGACUGGCACACCAAGUAAACCUGCUACAGCAGAGGCAUGUGACUAUUAUACAACGCCUUCAGCAAUAUGGCACUGCUCUCCAACUUGUUGAUCCCGCAGCUGAUAUUCAGAAUUUUGUGCUUUCGCUGAAGGCUACUCCUCAUUCUCCACCACAACCUAGACUCUUCCAAAAGCCAGACUCAUCUUCAAUUGGGGAGUUUUUGAAGAAUGAACUAGUUUUAGAUCUACUGACUGAGGCUGCACUGUCUGCUAAGCAUUCUGAACUGAGGGUUCAGGCAAUUAGCAAUGGAGAGAAAGUCUCAAAGCUGCAAAAGGAACUUGUCAGUGUAAAGUCUUUGCACACAAAAUACAUGGAGAAUCCUGUUUAUGGAGACUUGAUGUCACUAGAGGAUGAUAUUCUAAGACUGAAUCAAGAACUUCGUCUUUUGAAUGUUGAAAAGAAAAUAACCACGUCACAGCUGGCAUUAUUUGAUUCUUUGAAAGAUGAAUUUCCUUCUACUGAUGAUGGUGAUCUAAUGGAGCGAGUUGUGCUGAAACAGGGUAUUUCUGGCAGUGGUCUGCUUCACAUGUUUGAUUGGCACAAUUACAAGAGACCCACAAGUUGUCAUUAUUGUAAAGGACUACUAAAAGGUUUAUUUCGACAAGGUUUGAAGUGCAAAGUGUGUCGUAUAAAUGUUCAUGACAAAUGCAAGUCGAAUGUGCAGUUCUGCAAAGGAAUGAAAGGCAAACUAAGAGCAGAAUCUUCUGCUGCUUCUCCUUCAUUUUCUACUUCGGCUCAGACUGUUUAUAGCUCUCCACUGCAGCUUGAUAGGUCACAGUCAGCUUCUAAUGAUGACAUUUAUAAUGUUCCCGAUGAAUGUAUUGCUCCAAUGGAGCAGCGCGAGUCUCUAGAAAGACUACGAACUGUAAGAAGAUCAAAGAUCAGAGACAGUGGACUUCAUAGUUCAUCAUCAUCACCCACAGGCACUAUGGAAGGUGAAGUCUACUGUGCAUUAUUUGUAAAGUAG